AUGCUUUCAGAAGGUGGUAGUUAUGAUCACGAACACCUCCGGAACGAUGAACAAGUAUUAUUUUGUGGAUCCUCAGAGAAAAUUGCAUCCAUCGCACCCACUAAUCCAAAAGCCUUUACUCCCAUCUCUUUAUCUCAUUCAAAUUUUGUAAAACCAGAGUUACCAAGUCCGAUCCAUGACAAUUGUAAAGCUACAUUAAAUGUUUCAUACAUGAUCAGUGGUGGAUGUGGUGCUUAUUCAAAUUAUUAUACACUCAUAUUUGUGGUUGGAACUGAAUCUAGAGAGUUCUAUCUCAUACGGCACGGUCCUCUUGUUUAUAAAUUGACUUUUAAAGAAUUAUUGAGUGAUGACGAUUCCGAUCUCAAUAACAUGUCCAGCCAUGUCAGGAAUUCAUCCACAACUACUGAAGAAAUCUUUGAAGACUUAUCUUUGUACAAGGGAUCCAAAGAAAUGAAGCAAGUCGUGUGUUGUAACUCGACCCAUGUAUUGUUUGAGAUGUGGGAUGGAGCCUUGUUUUUGUUUUCUGUGGCCAAACAGAGAUUGCGAAGAUUCCAUACAUGUAUGAAUUCGGGACUUGCAAAAUUCAUAAAUUGUGGACACUUGUCGCAAACCAUGAUUGUAUGCAAGAGAAAUUUACAAGAUUAUGUGAUAUUGGUAAAUACAGAAUAUGAUCAAGAGAUUUAUAUCAAAUUGCAAAUGCAAGGAUCACGCCAAAUCAAAUUUGCUUCUGGAUAUUGUAGAGAAGCUCAUGUGUUUGUGAUGCAAGACAACAAAUUUUAUUGUUACAUUUGGAAAACACCAAACAAGGGAAGUACCAUGGCCGAUGGAUUUGGUAAGGAAUUUUUCAAGAUGUUAUACUUUGAGACACCUUUUGAGAAAACGAUUCCAGUGGUUCAACUUGCUUGUGGUUAUGCACACGUUGUGCUGUUGUUACAAAAUGGAAGAGUGUUCACUCGAGGCCUUAAUAAUUUUCAACAGGGAGGAACUUCCGUAGGCAAACUGGACAAGGAGUUUUUUGAAGUUCAACUGGAUUGUCCAGUACGGUCGAUAAGCUGUGGAUCCAUUUGCACCGGUCUAGAAACAGAACGAGAAUUUAUAUUUUUGGGGCAAAUUGGUCAUGAAUUUGAGAAGUUGGAAGAUGCUAGUUACCAAAGAUUUUCCUCAGUUGUUGACAAUGGAAAUGUGCAUGUUGUUCCAAAAUCAGAAAAUGAGCAGGCGAUAGUAAUGGGCCCUUGGCAUGCUGUUAUCUAUCGCAAGCGAAUAGGAUAUUCCAAAGACUUGAGAUCCUUUUUUGAAAAAUUAAAGGAAAGGAUUGCAAACAACAGCCAGAGCAAUUUAUAUGACAUGGUUAUUUGGCAUUAA